UCAAUGCUUUGAGGUUUUGGUUUGAUUUGCUGAGUCAUUAUAUUGUUUAUAUGGCAUAUGGCAGAACUGCGUCGUUAUCGAAUAUCGUUUUAUCCAUACCUGUUGAUAGCAGGCCAGAAUAUCGUAAACUCCAAUCGAUAGAUAAGGCAUAAAGGCAAUGCCUGGGGCGGAAAUGGUUAUGUUUAAAGGUCGAGUCGGUUCACUAAGUUUUGGCACCACACCAAUUUCAACAACAGGCCCUCGAUAUUAACCAAAAAUAAGAUGUAAAGUCAACAACAAGUAAUUCGUUCCUCAUAUUCGGUCUAUUAGAACUAGGGGUAUGUAUGUAGGUACUGUUUUCGACCAUGGUGCCAGGUUUUAUUUCGUAAUAUCUCCACCCAAUUUAAUGGAAAUAAUUUUUUGUAGCAGUAUAGUUUUGCUAAAGGUCCACACGUUUGCGAAAGUAUUCGAAAUUGUAUUGACUAUUGAAAUAUAUGUUAAACCAACGAAAUCACAAUAGUUAACAUAAAUAUUAGAAUAUGCUGUUUUUCAAUCUCUACAUUUGAUUGAAUUGAAAGAACAUAGUAAAAAAACAAACACCAUGAUUUAAUUUUCAAAUAAAUUUCAUUCGUUAAAAUAUAAAAAUAAAAUUAGCUAUCUUUGAUUCUCUAAAAUUUCUUGUUAAUUCUUCAAAAUUUUAAGUAAAGACUAAAUUUGGCUUAUUUAAAUAAAUUGCUUCUACUUUUAAAGUUAAUAAAAAUAUAAAAACAAGGUACAAUGACAUCUGAACUCAAUAUGAAUCGUUUAAAUUUACCAAACAUGGUUGAUCGACAGCUAAAAGAGGUCACUUUGCCCGUCGAAACAUACUUUAGUCCCAAUAUUUUAACGGGAAAGCGCAAAGUCCUCGAGGAGAGACCGCUUAAAGCCGAAAUAAGCACAUCUUUCAAUAGCAUUGUAGCAUCUGUACAUCAUAAAUUGAGAAAUCGAAAAGUUCGAAGAGUUGAAAAACCCGCAAUCAUUGAAGAAAAAUCAACUAACGAGACGCCGGCAGAAACUUCACCACAAAAUCCUUUAAACGUUAAAUUAGAGAUGGUAGAAACUAAAGCAGAUCCAAAGGUCAAUAGUACAAAACCAACUAUACAAUUAAAAGCGACUUCCAUACCACAAAUAAAAGCGGCACGCGCACAAAAGCAACAACAGCGUAUGCGUCGUGCAAUACAUAAUUACCAGGAUUACAAUGAUCCCGUUAGUCAUAGGCGACUGCUCGAGGUACAAAAACAGAAAAGAAUCCUCGAAGAAAUGCUUUUGGAAAAUGAACGAAUGGAUCGUGAUCGUCAAGCCAUGGCCUUAGAGAUACAAGCGCUGAGGGAAUAUAUGAAUGAUUUAGGACACAAAUUGGAUAACUACUCUAAAAGGUUAUCGCCGAAACCGAUUAUGCGCAGUGAACCUUUGUUGAAACCCAAACUAAACCUAAAGCCACAGCCGUGGAAUGGUUUGAAUUCUAAGAAAAUACUUAGUCCGGCAAGAAAAGUGCAUGUACCUCAAUCAAUAUUGAAAAUUACGAAUUCUACAGCGAAACCAACAAAUCAAACUAUAAAUACAGCAAGUAGCCCAGUGCGACAUAAUCGUAGUCCGACACGUAAUUCGCCCAGCCCAUCCAGGAAUACAAAGCGUUGAGAAACAAAUAACUACCCACAUACAAAUGCAUGUAUGUAUGAUGUAUGAUGGAUCAAGAUGUUAUACAGAGAACUCUGAUACGCUGAACUACAUAUGUAGGCUAUGGAAUCUAGUGGCUGAUUUAAUUGUCGGUGUAGAUAACAUUUGAAAGUAAAAAAAAAAAUAGUAAAACAUUAAAAUCUUUGUACUUUGCCACAUAAAUACAUACAAAUAUACACUUUUUGUGCUUCAAAGUUA